UUUUUUUAAUAUAAGCCGUUUUAGAGAAAUUUUUACAUUCCAAAUUAUAUGACAUUUUUGGUUUUCUAUGUAAAAUUUAUUAACAGUUAAUGUUAUAUGAUCAAUUGUAAUAUACAUUCUAUUUUAUUAUUGGUUGAUUUGUGGUUAGGUAAAUAAUUAAUGAUGUUUUUGUUUAAAAAAUGUUAAAAAUUACUGAUUUUUUUAAUUUGUGUAUACAGUUCUAAAACGACUUAUAUUAUUAAACGGAGGGAAUAUAAAUUUUAAAACGAAAAUCUGGUGCCGUAAAUUUAACUUCAGCACGUGUUAAUUUAUCAGAUGGCUAUAUGCUGGGAAGUGAUCACCUCAUACGUUUUCUUUUAACUUUCGCAAAUUAUCUUUACACGUACUUAAUGGCAGUUAUUUGAUGACCCAAUAAUAAACAAAAAAAUAUUUUAUUUAUAAUGAACUAUUCAGUAAAUAAUUCUGAAAGGUUGUCAACAAAAAUUCAGACCUUGAAAUUAUUAAGGGCAUUACUGAUUUUGAUGUGAUUAGACUGCCCAUCACUUUAUCGCAGAAAUAUUAAUGCAUAUUAUAUACUAUUGGCAUAUGGACAAAAAAACAAUUAUCGCGUGUGUUUAUAUUUUAUCCCCUUUUUUAGUUUCCCAAAAAGUUAUCUCUAAUACUAUCCCUUCGCUUUAUUUUUAAAAAUCAAACGCUAAACUAUUUGUAUUUUGUGUCGUCAGUUUCCUAUAAAGAAAAAAGAAAUUGUAAAACAUAAGAAGUUAAAAACAGCUAAGACCAUACAUGUAAAUCAGAAAACACAAAUCAUAAGCCAGUAAAUUCAUAUUUUCCAAUUUUGUUUCUUCAAUCAAAAUCUCACAAAAUUAUAAUUGUUAACUUUAACCUAUCUAUAUAUAUACAAAUCUUAGUAUUGAUUAAGUUCGUAUGUGUCAUUUUAUUUUAAAAAAUGAAACAUCUAAAUGCAAACUAAAAUCAAAAUUUGUGUUUCUUAGAGUGGUCCGACCAAAUUAAUUGAGAUAAAAGUAAUAAAAUAGUGAUAAGUACAUUGGUUCUACACUUCUACUGCUUGGUUGACAAAAAAACAGGGUAAUUUGUUUCUCAACUAUAUUAAAAUUUUAAAUUAAAAUUAGAAAUUAAAAAAAAAAUUGUAAAGAUAAAAGAGAGCGUUACAAAGUGUGGUUGAGGUCAGAUUUAUAAGAUUCCGAUUUCCAAUAACGAAGAAUGUAAAAUAGCAAAAAAAUAUAUAUAAAAAAAAGAGAGUUUAGAAAACACUUUCUCAAAUCUCAAUUCCAAAGAGAUGAGAUAAAAGAGAGAAGAGAUAAAACCUUUGAUGUCCACACUCUCUUUUAUUUCUUCUCCUUCUUGAAACUUCCUCUAUCUCUCUCAACAUAAAAAACGACGUAGUUUUCUCUUGCUUCAAUGGACUUUGAAGACAACAACAACAACAACAACGAAGAAGAAGAUGAAAUGAAUCUUCACGAGGAAGAAGAAGAAGAAGACGACGCCGUUUACGACUCUCCUCCUCUUCCUCCACCGUCUCGCGUCCUCAAAACAUCCACUGAAAGUCCUGACACGGCCGGAACAACCUCAACAGGCGGUGGAGGGUUCAUGGUGGUACACGGUGGUUCCUCCGGUGGAGGAGGAGGAAGCAGGUUUAGGUUCCGCGAGUGUCUCAAGAACCAAGCGGUGAACAUAGGAGGACACGCGGUGGAUGGCUGUGGUGAGUUUAUGCCAGCUGGCAUCGAAGGCACCAUCGACGCCCUAAAAUGCGCCGCGUGUGGCUGUCACCGUAACUUCCACCGCAAGGAAUUACCUUACUUCCACCACCACGCGCCACCGCAUCAGCCUCCACCUCCUCCUCCUCCGCCGGGAUUCUACCGUCUUCCGGCUCCGGUGAGUUAUCGACCACCGCCGUCACAAGCUCCUCCUCUUCAGCUAGCUCUUCCUCCUCCACCGCAAAGAGAGAGAUCAGAAGAUCGCAUGGAGACUUCUUCUGCGGAGGCAGGAGGAGGAAGUGGGAUUAGGAAGAGGUUUAGGACUAAGUUCACGCCGGAGCAGAAGGAGAGGAUGUUAGCUUUAGCUGAGAGUAUUGGCUGGAGAAUUCAGAGACAAGAUGAUGAAGUGAUCCAGAGAUUUUGUCAAGAGACUGGUGUUCCGAGGCAAGUUCUUAAGGUUUGGUUACAUAACAACAAACACACUCUUGGUAAGUCGUCGUCUCCACCACUUCACCAGCAUCAGAAUCCAACUCUUCCUCAUCCUCCACAGCCUUCUUCGUUUCACCAUGAACAAGACCAACCAUGAAUCUUGAUUUCUUGAUCACUGUUAGGGUUUUUAAUUUAGCUAAUCAAUCGCUUGAGGAAUUUUAAGAGGGUUUUUAUUGUUUAAUUUAUGUACCCAUUUUCGUUUUUCUUGGUGAUGAUGUUCUUGAUGACGCUCUUUCUGUUUAAUUACGUUUCUCAUUA